ACCUUCCCUUUCCCCCAGCAAAACUGGCGGGAAUCUCAUCUUUCCCUCCUCCACCUUCCCCCCUCUCUCUCUCCGUGAACUCGAACUCGCGCGCUCGACUCACCGAGAGCUCCACUGAGUCGCCGCCAUGAGCGCUUCCACCAGGAAACGCCCUCCCCCGGCGGCGCACCCUUCCCCGGCGGCGCACCCGCCGAAGCACCAGGCCACCACGCCGCCGCCGCCGCCGCAGCCGGCCCCGAGGCCGCCCCUCGAGGAGGAAUUCCUCGACGAGGACGUCUACCUCGACGAAACCCUAAUCCCCGGCGACGACGACCACGACGAGGAGUACCUCAUCCUCCGCGACAUCGAGGAGCGCCAGGGCCUCGCCUCGCGCCUCGCCAAGUGGGCCCGCCCUCCCCUCUCCGACGGCUACCUGUCGCAGUCGAAGAACGUCGUUUAUCAGCAAUUGGCGAUCGAUUACGUGAUCGCGGAGAGCCACAGGGAACUCUUGCCUGAUCGUUCCGGGCCUGCCGCGAUUAUUCGCAUUUUCGGGGUCACGAGGGAAGGGCAUAGUGUUUGCUGCAAUGUUCAUGGGUUCGAGCCGUACUUCUACAUUAGUUGUCCUCCAGGAAUGGGCCCAGAUGAUAGUUCCCGUUUUCAUCAAGUUCUCGAGGGAAGGAUGAGAGAUGCAAACAGGAAUAGCAAAGUGCCUAAGUACGUUAGACGUAUAGAAAUGGUGCAGAAAAGAAGUAUUAUGUAUUAUCAGCAGCAAACUUCUCAUCCUUUUCUCAAGAUCGUGGUUGCAUUGCCAACGAUGGUGACCACAUGCCGUGGCAUUCUUGACAGAGGUAUUCAGAUUGAUGGGUUGGGUAUGAAGAGCUUCAUGACAUACGAAAGCAACAUCCUUUUUGCACUUCGUUUUAUGAUUGACCGCAAUGUUGUUGGAGGCAAUUGGAUUGAAGUACCUGCUGGAAAGUACCGAAGGACAGCCAAAAAGUUGUCUUAUUGCCAGUUGGAGUUCGAUUGCUUGUACUCUGAACUCAUUAGCCAUUCCCUGGAAGGUGAAUUCUCUAAGAUGGCUCCUUUCCGUAUUUUGAGUUUUGACAUUGAGUGUGCUGGUCGAAAAGGUCAUUUUCCAGAGCCUAACCAUGAUCCUGUCAUCCAGGUGGCCAAUCUAGUCACCUUGCAGGGAGAGAGCCAGCCGUUUGUGCGAAAUGUGAUGACCCUGAAGUCAUGCUCUCCUAUAGUUGGUGUUGAUGUCAUGUCAUUUGACACAGAAAGAGAAGUCCUGCUAGCUUGGAGGGAUUUAAUCAGGGAAGUCGACCCCGAUAUUAUAAUAGGGUAUAACAUCUGCAAGUUUGAUUUGCCAUAUCUUAUUGAGAGAGCUGAAGCUUUAGGCAUUCCUGAAUUUCCUAUAUUGGGCCGUGUGAGGAAUAGCAGGGUCCGUGUCAGAGACACAACUUUUUCCUCAAGGCAGCAUGGAACAAGGGAAAGUAAAGAAGUCACCAUUGAAGGGAGGGUUCAAUUUGACUUGUUCCAGGCUGUGCAACGAGAUUAUAAACUAAGUUCUUAUUCGUUGAACUCUGUUUCGGCACACUUCCUUUCUGAGCAGAAAGAGGAUGUUCACCAUUCAAUUAUAUCAGAUCUUCAAAAUGGCAAUGCGGAAACGAGGAGGCGGCUUGCUGUAUAUUGUUUGAAGGAUGCUUAUCUCCCACAGCGGUUGCUGGAUAAACUGAUGUUCAUUUACAAUUAUGUGGAGAUGGCAAGGGUCACUGGCGUUCCUAUAUCUUUUCUUCUUUCCCGGGGGCAGAGCAUUAAGGUUCUUUCCCAACUUCUUAGGAAGGCAAAACAGAAGAACCUUGUUAUCCCAAAUAUGAAACAGGCAGGAUCCGAGCAAGGAACAUAUGAGGGUGCUACAGUUCUGGAGGCCAAGGCAGGUUUCUAUGAAAAGCCAAUUGCGACGUUGGAUUUUGCUUCUCUGUAUCCAUCAAUAAUGAUGGCCUAUAAUUUGUGCUAUUGCACACUGGUUACUCCUGAGGAUGUUCGUAAGCUCAGCCUCCCACCAGAGUGUGUUAAUAGAACUCCGUCUGGUGAAACAUUUGUCAAAUCGAGUCUGCAAAAGGGAAUCUUGCCAGAGAUCCUUGAAGAACUACUGGCUGCUCGUAAAAGAGCAAAGGCAGACCUGAAGGAGGCAAAGGAUCCACUUGAAAGAGCCGUGCUUGAUGGUCGGCAGCUGGCUUUGAAGAUUAGUGCAAAUUCUGUAUAUGGGUUUACUGGAGCUACUAUUGGCCAGUUACCCUGCCUCGAGAUAUCUUCAAGUGUCACAAGCUAUGGUCGGCAGAUGAUUGAGCACACAAAAAAGCUUGUUGAAGAUAAAUUUACUGUGCUUGGAGGGUAUGAACACAAUGCGGAGAUUAUUUAUGGUGACACAGAUUCAGUAAUGGUGCAAUUUGGUGUACCUACAGUGGAAGAAGCAAUGAAAUUGGGAAGAGAAGCCGCUGAUUACAUUAGUGGAACUUUCAUCAAGCCCAUCAAACUAGAGUUUGAGAAGGUCUACUAUCCAUAUUUGUUGAUCAGCAAGAAGAGGUAUGCUGGCCUUUAUUGGACAAGUCCAGAGAAAUUUGACAAAAUGGAUACAAAAGGCAUCGAAACUGUCAGAAGAGACAAUUGCUUACUGGUGAAAAACCUGGUAACUGAGUGUCUUCAUAAAAUACUUAUUGACAGAGACAUUCCCAAGGCAGUGCAGUAUGUCAAGAACACUAUUUCAGACCUUCUCAUGAAUCGAGUGGAUUUGUCCCUUUUAGUUAUUACAAAGGGUUUGACAAAGUCAGGAGAUGAUUAUGAUGUAAAGGCAGCUCAUGUUGAGCUGGCUGAACGCAUGCGCAAGCGAGAUGCUGCCACUGCUCCAACUGUUGGUGAUAGAGUACCUUAUGUCAUCAUCAAAGCUGCAAAAGGUGCCAAGGCUUAUGAAAAAUCUGAGGAUCCCAUCUAUGUGCUAGAAAACAACAUCCCAAUUGACCCUCAAUACUAUCUAGAAAAUCAAAUUAGCAAGCCGCUUCUUAGAAUCUUCGAACCAAUCUUGAAGAAUGCUAGCAAGGAACUUCUUCAGGGAAGUCAUACGAGAUCUAUUUCCAUCUCUACUCCUUCAAACAGUGGGAUCAUGAAAUUUGCCAAGAAGCAACUAACUUGCAUUGGUUGCAAAGCUUUGAUAAGCAAUACAAACGGAACUCUUUGUUCACACUGCAAGGGAAGGGAAGCUGAAUUGUAUUGUAAAUCAGUAUCUCAAGUCUCAGAGCUUGAGGAGAUUUUUGGAAAGCUUUGGACACAGUGCCAAGAAUGCCAGGGUUCACUUCAUCAGGAUGUUCUUUGUACAAGUCGGGAUUGUCCCAUAUUUUACCGGAGGAAGAAGGCACAGAAAGACAUGGCUGAAGCCAAGCGGCAAUUAGAUAGAUGGAACUUCUAAAUAUCGACAGGCUUUGUAAUCUGUGGUGGUGGACGAGAGGGGAUGCAUCUGUCUUCACUUUGUUAUUAGUAUGGCUUCUUUUGCCCAA